AUUAAAAAAAAAAAAAACCCCUUCUAAAACCCUUGCUCCGAUCUCUCCGAUCUCCAUUAAUGGCGAAGAAGAGCUCUCCCCUCUCCUUCUCCUGAGGCCCUUCGUUUCUCGAUGGAUUCCCCUCCCACCUCCUCCUCCUCGUACGCGCUACCCCUGCAUUGCCUCUCGGUGGGCGACAGCAUCGUCGUCUUCUCCGGCGGCUCCCGGAGGUGGCGCCCCGCGGAGGUCGCUGCCGCCGAGGGCGAUCACAGGUGCGAGGUCGUGUACGAGGACGGGGAGCGGCGAUGGGUUUCGCUCGAUAGGGUUGGCUAUGUCGUGAGCAGGGAUUGGAAGAGGUCGAUGCGGGGGAGGGGGAAUAGUAGGGGGAGGAGCGAGGAGGAGAAAGAGAUCGACGAGAUCGAUAAUGUCGACAGUGGGAAAAAGCAGACUGGUGCUUGCAGGAGGUCGAGUCGCCUUCAGGAGAGAUCAAUGAUGAAGGAUACUUCAAUUUCAAACUGCUCUGAAGGCAAUUUGAAAGCUGCUUGUCUCCCUGUCUCCUUAGAAGAGUGCUCAAUCUCGGAUGAUGAGUCGUCUGGUGAUGCUAUAGAAGCUGGCAUAUGCAGUACGAAUGGUCUUAUUUGUUCUGUUUGUGAGACGGGUGUUGCCAGUAAUCUUUUUGUCCAAUGUAAGAAUGCGAGCUGUUGUUUUGCUUUCCACGCAUUUUGCCUCCAUCCUCCAUUGAAAGAUAUUGAAGAAGAUUGGGCGUGCCCCUUAUGCGAAAGAGCUCGCUUUUCCUUGAAGCUUACUAAUGUGAAGAAAGUACUUCUGAGAAAAAUUCAAAACAUUGUUGGUCAUAGGCAAGUGAUUUUGAAAAGCGCAAAGAAUGUAUCUCAAGUUCAAUUCUUAGUAAAAUGGGAAUCACUCUCGCAUCACCAUGAUUCUUGGGUACCAUUGGAGUGGCUUUACAUCUUUGAUCGUGCUAGGCUACGUAGCUAUCAGAAGAAAUACCCCGCAUCAAAAAUUGCUGAUUCAUUUGAUCAAAGGAAGUCUGAGUGGCUUGAAAUUGACCGUAUAAUUGCAUGUCGAAGGAAGUCUAGUUCUGACUUGUCAUGUGAAAUCUUGAGUGUCAUUCAAACCAAAGAGCACGCUGGGGAUUUUGAAUUUCUUGUAAAAUGGAAAGGACUUGAUUAUACCAAUGCAACUUGGGAAUCCACCUGUACCGAUGAAUUGCUGGCUGCUGUUGGUAAACUAGUUCAAAGGCAUCAAAAGGCAUCUGAGAGGGCUGAUGAUCAUAAACCAACAAUCUCUCUUUGCCCAGAAGACUUGUAUGGGAAUGCUCUCUAUGACUAUCAGCUUCAAGGGCUAAAGUGGAUUUUGAGUAAUUUUAGAGCCAGGAGGAAUGUUAUUCUUGCAGAUGAAAUGGGUUUGGGCAAAACUGUUCAAGCUGUUUGCUUUGUUCACUUUAUAAUGCAGGAGAGUUUCAAUGCCAACCCUGUAUUAAUUAUUGCUCCUAAGAGUAUCCUCCUACAGUGGGAGAAGGAAUUUCGAUAUUGGGCCAAAGACCUGAAUGUUAUUAUCUAUGAAGGAGAUAAACAGUCACGCCAUUACAUCCAGACAUAUGAGAUGUACUCUUCAGAAAAGGGGGCCUUAUUUGAUGCUUUGGUGACAAGCUACAAUUUUGUUCAUUUGGAUAGUGCAGUUCUGAAGAAGUUUAAGUGGUCUGCUAUAAUUAUUGAUGAGGCUCACAAAAUAAAGAAACUCGACUGCAAGCUCGUCAACUGCCUUAAGCAGUAUAACUCAGAAUUUCGGUUGCUACUAACUGGAACACCUCUUCAGAAUUCAUUGCUUGAAUUGUUUGCACUGCUUCACUUUAUUGAUCCGCAAGAAUUCUCUGACCCAAAGUCUGAAGCCGAAUCCUUCUCAGCCAUCGAAACCUAUUAUUCUGAAACGAAAGUUGCUCAGAUCCAUGAGCUUUUGAAACCCAGGAUGCUAAGAAGAAUGAAAUCUGAUGUUCUUCCUCAGUCUAUACCGACAAAAAAGUGGGUGGAAGUUCCAUGCGCCCUCACGGGUUUCCAAAGGGAACUUUACAUAGAUAUUUUGGAAAAGAAUUACAAAAAGCUGAAUAAGGGAAUCCAAAGUGGUAGGAAGAUUACUUUGAACGUCAUCCUUUCAGCACUGCGGAAGUGUUGUAAUCACCCUUAUCUUUUUCCAGGACAGGAAGAGUAUCAGUCAUCACGGGAAUCUGCUUUUCUAUCACUUGUUGCAAAAUCAGGAAAGCUGCUGCUCUUAGAAAAGUUGCUGCCGAGGUUGAAAGAAAGGCGAAAUCGCGUAAUAAUAUUCUCGCAAAUGACUAAGAUGCUAGACAUUCUCGAAGAUUUUUUGUCAUACCUUGGGUUUACUUAUUUCCGAAUCGAUGGAAGAACUGACUUACCGGCAAGACAGCAAAGAAUGACGGAAUUCAACAAUCCCGAGAGCGAAAUAUUUAUAUUUCUUAUGUCGACUCGUGCCGGUGGCUUAGGCAUUGACCUGCCUGGUGCUGAUAGGGUAAUCAUAUAUGACCCUGAUUUCAACCCCUUCAUGGACCUGCAAGCCCAAUCCCGGGCCCACCGAAUUGGUCAGACCCGACCCGUGGUGGUCUACCAACUCAUCACUAAGUGCUCUGUCGAAGAGAAAAUACUCCAAAAAUCAAAGCAGAAGCUCGCUGUCGAGAACCUCGUAAUGAACCCUUCAAAAAAGCCGAGCGUAAACGAUCUGCACUCUGUGCUUCUUCACGGAGCGCGAACAAUCCUCAACCGGAAAAAAGUGCAAGCCACAUCAAUUCUUUACGAUGACAAUGCCAUAGAGACUCUUCUUAAGCUAGACCCGGCUCCCGGGGAAUGCUGUUCUCCUGAUGAAAACGGCUAUCUCGGUACUAUUCAGAGCUUCAAUACUGGAGACGCCGAGAAUGAGCCGCCGCCACAGCCUCACUCUCCUAAAGCCCACGAAUGGAAAGAAAUCCUCGGGCCGGUCGAGGAGGCAAAUGGUGCGAAUUUCGGGCGGGGGAAGAGGCAGAAGAAGGUCGUUAGGUACGAGUGCGAGGAUGGUGCGGAUAGCGACGAUAUGUAUAUGCCGGAGGAGAGUUCCUCUACUUUGGGAAGCUCUUCGUCGGACGGUGACGGGUGUGAUGAUGAUGAAUUGGUACCUGAGAUUGCUUCUGAGAUGUCAUAGGCUGGUCUCUUGGAUAAAUUUUUUGGAUUUUGGCAUUUUUAUAUGCAAGUGCUUAAAGUAGAUGUUAGUAGAUGUUGGUAAAGCAUAUGCCUAAAAAGAAAAUGCUGUAUCUUGGAACCACCAAUUUUGUGCUGUAGAGACCCCAUUUUGGGGCUCUUUUGUAUAUGGUCAGUUUAUAUUUUGUUUUUUUUUUUUUUUUUCUUAAAACAGUUCAGAGAAACUUGUGUGACAUUGUCGAAAAAUCGUCUAUUUACAUAUCUAACUCUCUGAAAUUUGAAUUCUCAAACA